CCCCUCCCAUCCGGCCUACUGUUUGGCUACUGGCUAGGGAAGCCUGGUCCGGAGAGUGCUGGUGGAAAGCUGAGGCGGAGAUGGCUGUUGCGCUGCCGUACAUUGAAAGGCUGUCCUGUCGGGUGGUACGCGUUUUAGGCUGUAAUCCUGGUCCCAUGACCCUGCAAGGCACCAACACCUAUUUGGUGGGGACCGGCUCCAGGAGAAUCCUCAUUGACACUGGAGAACCAUCAAUUCCAGAAUAUAUCAGCUAUUUAAAGCAAGCUCUGGUUGAAUUUAACACAACAAUCCAGGAAAUCCUAGUGACUCAUUGGCAUCCUGAUCAUUCUGGAGGCAUAGGAGAUAUUUGUAAAAGCAUCAGUAAUGACACUGCCUAUUGCAUUAAAAAACUCCCACGGAAUCCCUAUAAAGAAGAAAUUAUAGGAAAUGGAGCACAACAAUAUGUUUAUCUAAAAAAUGGAGAUGUGAUUAAAACCAAGGGAGCCACUCUAAAAGUCAUAUACACACCUGGCCACAGUGAUGAUCAUAUGGCUCUACACUUAGAAGAAGAAAAUGCCAUUUUUUCUGGGGAUUGCAUACUAGGGGAAGGAACAACUAUAUUUGAAGACCUCUAUGAUUAUAUGAACUCCCUAAACCUGUUACUGAAAGUCAAAGCUAAUAUUAUAUAUCCAGGACAUGGCCCAGUAAUCCAAAAUGCAGAAGCUGCAAUUCAACAAUAUAUUUCUCACAGAAAUUACCGAGAGGAACAAAUUCUUACAUUCAUUCGUGACAAUUUUGAAAAAUCAUUUACAAAAACGGAGCUUGUAAAAAUUUUAUACAAGAAUGUUCCUGAGAAUUUACAUAAAAAAGCUGAACGUAAUGUUUUCCUUCAUUUGAAAAAACUAGAAAAAGAAGGAAAAAUAUUUAGCAACAUGGACCCUGACAAGAAAUGGAAAGCUGCACUUUAGUUUCAGCUUAGUGAAAGCUUUGUUUGUGCUUGCCUUUAGAGGAUAGUGUGCUUUCUUCACUGUGGACUAUUUAUAGAUACUAUAGAAUGUAGGACUUCAAAACUAACCUUAAAUAUACUUUAACUUUUUUUUUUUUCUUUUUGUACUGUGGAUUGAACUCGGGACCUUAUGCUUGAGAGGCUGGUGGCAGCACCACUGAGCUAAAUCCCCAGCCCAAAUCUUAGAUAUACUUUAAAACUGUGUCAUAUUUUAAAAUACAUAAAUUACAUUAUAUACCUAUAGUACAGGUUAUCUAAACUUGGUCUUACAAUUUUUUUUCC